AUGCAUGUUCCCGGUUGUUACGUGAUGCAAGUUCAAACAACAGCUUACACAUUCACAACACUCCCUCCCCUCCGAACCACCAAUGACGACGAGCGUGCUGCAUCUUCUCCCCUUUCUCAGCCACUGGCCACCAGCGAUUCCAUCCGAGCUCCAGUCGGCCGUCUGCUCACGGGGGCGUACUGUUUCCCUCUCUCGACCGCAGCGAGUCUGGCCUUCAAUCAGCUCGUACAACCUACAUCGCGAUUUCAGCUGACUCUUCACGCGCUGUUGCCUCUUCAAAAUCCUAAUACCGCUGCUGAGGGAAGGGAAAAGGCGGUCAAGGUCCCAAGUGACGGCAGUGUUAGUCUGAACCAGCAGUUGGUCUGA